GCUGUGCGCCGGAAGCGGAAGUGUGCCUCUAGUCUGUCAGUGUUAACUCGGUGGUCCAGAAAUCCGGGGAAGUCGUUGUCGGUUAAUUUUUGCGGGCUCUCGAGCGCUUCCCCUCUGGCGGGUGGGAGUGCAAAGAGGAAAGUGCGAGAUGAGCACCAUGUUCGCGGACACACUGCUCAUCGUUUUUAUCUCUGUGUGCACGGCUCUUCUCGCCGAGGGUAUAACCUGGGUCCUGGUUUACAGGACAGACAAGUACAAGCGACUGAAAGCGGAGGUGGAAAAACAGAGUAAAAAACUGGAAAAGAAGAAGGAAACAAUAACAGAGUCAGCUGGUCGACAACAAAAAAAGAAAAUAGAGAGGCAAGAAGAGAAACUGAAAAAUAACAACAGAGACCUAUCCAUGGUCCGAAUGAAAUCCAUGUUUGCAAUUGGCUUUUGUUUUACUGCCUUAAUGGGAAUGUUCAAUUCCAUAUUUGAUGGCAGGGUGGUGGCAAAGCUCCCUUUCACCCCCCUUUCCUAUAUCCAAGGACUAUCUCAUCGAAACCUGCUGGGGGAUGACACCACAGACUGUUCCUUCAUCUUUCUGUAUAUUCUCUGUACCAUGUCAAUUCGACAGAACAUCCAGAAGAUUCUUGGUCUUGCCCCUUCACGAGCUGCCACCAAGCAGGCAGGUGGAUUUCUUGGUCCUCCACCUCCCUCUGGGAAGUUUUCUUGAAAUCAAGAAGAACCCUGUAAUUCCUGUCAUUCUUUUUAAACAUUCAGAUUAGACUGGCAACUAUUUUGUAGCAAGAGCCAUAGACUUGGGCCGCUUUCUAGUUCUGAGUUAUUUCUAGACUUUUUGGAUAUGAUUCAGAAUGAGAACGGCACCCAGCAAACACGAUAGUACUUUCAGUCACAGAUUAAUUUUUAGAAAAAUAAGUUUGUUGGUUAGAUAAGUUCAGGCGAUGUUUAUGUAAUGAGAAGCAAAUAGCAUCUUUCUUGUGUUUGGCUUACAUGAAUAUUUUCUGUGGGACCGACUCUCCAGUCUGUGCUGUGUGUCAUGUACCAUGAAAGUUGGCUCUCCUUGAGCAUUUAGAGAUCUGGAAGAAAACUUUAGUUUGUGAUAUCUUAAUUGGAACUAUUUGUUGUACAUUGUUUCCAAGCCAAAUAUAUGACCCAAGAUCAAUAAAGAGGCCAAAAUUUUAGCUAUUUCAUCUAUAGGGUGAGAUCUGUUUUGUACCAUAUUCCUAGUUACAUGUUUUUAGUAGUCUGAACAUAAACAUUGGCCAGGAAGGGCUAAACUAAAAAUUUUAAAUGUACUAUUUUAUCAUACUUGCCUUAUAAACUCAAAGUAUAGAGUUGUCCUAUUAUAGGAAGUGGAAAGCAUGAGAGGAAAGGAAAGAACUAACUCAUGGGAGUAUAAGAAUGAGGGUUCUCAGCAUCCCUUUACAUGCUUGUGUGACCUACUGGAUUCUUGGGAAGGCACUCUUAGUCCUCCCCUGGAGGCAAGGUUAUAGUGAUAGGUAGGCAGGGUCGCAGAGCUUCCUUUCGGUCACACUGGCCUUUAGUUCCUGCCAUGCUCCUUUGUAAAGGAUGAGAGGAUGCUUUUACCAUGAACUUCUGCCUAAUCCCUGAAAUUGGAAAUCUUGUAUGGAGUGAUAACUCUAGUAACAAAUACAUUUAUCAGCAGUCUCCUUAGAUGCAUGUAUUGUACCAGUGAGAGAAGACGUGUUAUUUGUAAAGUAACAACUGUUAAGCUGAUAGCAAACUUCUCAAUGGCAUGAAAUCCAGAAGACAGUGGGAUAAUAUCUUCAAAGCUGAGGAAAAUAAUUAUCAGCCUAGAAUUUUAUGUAUGGCUAAACCAUAAGAUUGGGGGCAAAACUGGGAGGCAGUAUUUUCAUAGGUACAAAAUCCAAGAUAGUUGAAUUAUUGAAGGAUACAUUUCCAGGGCACCUGGCUUCCUCAGGCUCGCUCAGUAUGUAGAGCAUACAGCUUCUGAUUUCGAGGUCACGUGUUCAAGCCCCAUGGUGGGCAUAGAGCUUUCCUAUUAAAAAAAGAAAUAUAUAUGUAUUUCCAGAACAGGAAAGAAUACCAGGAGAAAGGUGUGGGAUUAAGAAACAUGGUCAACACAGAAAUUGAUAAAACAUAUCAAUUAUUUUUGGAUUAUCUAGUUAAGAAUUACUACAAGAAAACCCCAUAAGGUAAUUACUGUUUUUACCCUCAUUUAACAGCUAAAGAAAUUGAGGCAAGAGAGGCUGAGUAACUUGCUCACCAUCCCUGAGCUAGUGAAUGGCAGAGUCAGGAUUUGGGGCAAAGCCAUCUAAAGUUACAUAGUCUGGGCUCUCCAGUGCUUCCCCGUAGGUGUGCAGUGAUUCUCUUCCCCAGACUCUUAUCUCUUCAGCUGCAGAACAUGAGCCUGGAAGGGGCGCGGGGGGAGGGGGAGUUGGUCGUUCUUGUUUCCUUAAAGCCGUCACAUCAGUGGGAACACGGCAAAAGCUCAACAAAAGCAGAUGAAAUGGAACAGAAAUCUUUAUUUCUAGGUCACUUUGAUCAGAAAGGAUGUCUGAUAAUGGAUGGCGAUUAUUUCUAACAGUCUUUUCCCCACAUCGUUGGCUAUUCCAGGCAAAAUAAUAGUGAAAAGAAUGAUUGUGACAAAAAUGAUGAUCCUUGUAACAAUGAUGACAAAAAUGAAGCAAUCUCUAAAAUAGAACAUAAAAAGAGAAGGAACCGCACUGAAAAUUCUGCCAAUGCCUUUGUAAAGUGAAAAUACAUAGUCCAUCCUACUACACACCUCCUUAGGUUUUGAUGAUAGUGCUUUCUAAUUACAUUUCUUAUGGACCAGGUUUUCAUAAAGUGUAUUUCAAUAGAAGAAGGUGAAUAAGAGGGAAGGUAAAAAGAAAGGAGAGUAACAUCUGUUCACCUUAAAAGAACACAGUAGAUGUAUUACAAAAGACUAAAGCUACCACAUUACAUUGCAGAAUGUAAAUCUAAGGAUAUAUUAAGGGCUGUGCAACUUCACAAUUAGUUUUUUUUAAUUACUUGCCCUGAAAAAUUUUCAAGACUAGUCAUUUGAAUGACUAGUUCCAGACCAUCAUUGAAUCAUUGGAGAUGACCUUUCAAGCCAGAAGAGCCUCUGACAUCUCUCAAAAUGUAUGAUUUGGCUACUUGGCCUGUGUAUAAUUGUCCCUUUUCUAGUUUAAGGGAGAAAAUCAGGCAUUUUUAAUGCCUGUGUUAGCCCACUCAGGUUGCACGCAUAAUGUGCGAAAGCAGUAAACUUUCAAAAAAAUGCGGGUAAACCUGAAUUUAUUAACAGAUAGCAUUCCAAAAUCUAAGUCAGUUUGGAAAUUGGAAAGCAAAUGGGCGUAGGUACUCAUAUGCCCUUGAGCAGACUGUGGUCCCUCUUCUCCCGCCUGAGUCAUCCUCUUCAGUGGGGACAGGGACUUACACUGACAUCAGUGGAUUGCUGAGUAUCCAGAAUUCCCUUACAUCCGAAUCAAAAUCAUUUUGCCACAUACUGGUAUGUAGUAGGGUUUUUUUCUAUAUACUUUCUUUUUUUGCGUUAAUUUUCCUUAAGUUAUAGUCUUUUACUUUUACCUUUGAGUUUUUAAACUUUUUAGAAUGGAAAACAUAAUCUCAAAAAUAAAAGUCUUAAAAAGUAUAAAGAACACUGGGAUACGUUAUUCAACUUCAACAAUUACUAACUUGUAGCCAAUCUCAUGUCUACCCCUGCCUGCCUCCUAUAGUAUUUUGUAGCAAAUCCUAGGUAUCCCAUCUUUUAUGCAUAAAUAUUUCAAUGCUUUUAAAUAUGUGUGUGUAUAAUCUUAACAUCAUUUACAUACCUAAAAAAUUGAUCAUUCCUUGAUACCAUAAAUUGUCUAAAGAUGUCAAAAUCUGUUGCAGUCUUUUCUGAAUGAAGAGCCAAGAGAGAGGACUAUAUUGCAGUUGGCUGAGAAGCAUUGUAAAUUUCUUCCAGGCUGUUGUAGAGGCUUUCAAACUAGAGUGCAGCAGAAUGCCCUACAAGGCUUAUUAAAACAGAGUUUCUGAGUCUGAGUCUGGGGUGGAGCUUGAGAAUUUGCACUUCUAACAAGGGCAGGGUGAUGCUAAUGCUGUAGGGUUUGCAGUCCACUGUGUCUGUGUUUUCCCCCUUGCAAUUUAUUUAUUGAAGAAACUGAGCUGUUUACCAUGUAGAGUUUCCCUCAGUUUGGGUUUUGCUGAUUGCACGACUGUUUUACACACUGUUUAUUAGUUAUCUCUUUUUGUGAUGCUAGCUGCUUUUGAUCCUUUAAUUAAUUAGAGAUUGAAAAAUGAUAUUCUGAUUUCUAGUAUCCCUUCAUUUUAUUAGUUAAAAUCCUCUGUAGGUAGAAACUUCCCCUCCAUCUACUUUUGAUUACAGAAUGGUUUUUUGUUUUUUUGUUUUAGAAAAGGCAGAAUAAAAGCUUGAUUGUCUGGUUUUCAAAAUAAUGAGUUGUUCACUAGUAUCCUCUAUGGUGAACAAUUUCCGUGUGUGUGUGUGAUUAGCAAUUUGUAGAUUUAAACAUACUUGACUCACUUCAAGUCACUGAAAUUAUUUUUCUUGUGGAUGCUGAAAUUGUACCAUUUUUAACCAAUGAGAGGCUUUUUCACUUGGCUCCUAGGUCCGUGUGGCAUGACCCUAGAGGUCGUUGGGAGCGAUGUUUCAGUGCCAUCUUACAUUUCCUGCCUGUCUUGAUAGCCACGCUUUCUCCAAGGAGGCCUGGUUCUUUCUCCUGGGAAAUGGUGUCUGGACAUUGUAACCAGAGCACUAAGGAUGCUCACUGAGACUGGAUUACUAGGUUUCUAGACCUUUUUUAUGGCCUAAGAUAGGUAAUAUGGUUUUUGUUGUUGUCAUUUUAGGAUAAAAUACAUCAUGGAUUUAUACUGAUGCCCUACUCCCUACUUAACUUAGGGCUUCAAAGUUUUUAAUUUCUUUAAUCUGUGGCUCUUUUAUCGCAUCCUGAGAAUUCCAGUUUUCAGUACUAGAAAUGAUGGAAUAUCACAUAAUUCACUAGCAUAAUCCCAUAAUAUCUACCCAAAAGUCUCAGAAUGUCAUUAUCAAUAUUACUACCAAUAAUAUGUUUACUGGAAAUAGUUUAAGUGGUUUUUGUUUUUUUGGUGUUUUUGUUUGUUUUUUGUUUCUGUUGCUGGGGUUUUUUUUUUGGUGUGUGCAUGUGUGUGUUUUUGUAAAGGUGGAACUCUUUAAGAUACAUCCCACUCUGGGUUCACAGCCAAAUCACUGAGAUUUCAAGUUACCUGGAAUCGUUUCUUUGAGUUAAUGCCACCAGCUGGAUAUACAUUUGCAUUCCUUGGUUUGAUUUUAUUUUCAACUUUGAGGACAUGCUCUUUAAUUUUGCCUUGUAAUUAUAAAAAUGACGUAUAAUGUUUUCCUAGGUUUGUAGGCUAGCCCAAAAAAGCAUAUUGAACCUAUAUAGAGAGGGGCACCUAACUACCCAUUAUCUUACUUCUUUAAGGGUGUAACCCCACUCAUAAGCCCCCACAUAUAUGGAAAGAUAAGCACGUACAGAAUAUUACCAGAAACUGUUUUAAGCUAGUAGUGGGGAUGGCAGAAACAUUACCUGCAGGGACACCGCUCCCUUACUCUUGCCUGCACUUGUCAGAUAAAGGAGAAGACCCAGUGCGAAGAAAAUACCAUGUGUGGACGUUGCCAGGUUCAGGUCCUCAUCACUGUCCCCUGAGUUCCCCUGCAGCAGCCUCCCAGUCUGUCUCCCUUACUCUGGCCUGUCAUCCAUCCUGUCACAGCAACAUCUUUCCAAAAUAUAAGUCUAAUGGUGUUGCUUCUCCAAGGAAAGUGGUCCAGUGGCUCCCAGGAGCCUCUAAGUAAACUAUUUGGCCCAGAAAACCAUCCCAGUCUGGAUCUCCCCCAUUCACACCCCAAUAAACCUUGGCUCCAGUCAAGCAGAAUUUAUUUUGAGAAUUCCUCAUUUUUCACAGUCCUUUUGGACUUUAUUACCCUUGUUUUCUCUGCCUAGAAUGUUCUCCCGCUUACUUGUCUGAUUUCCUCCUGUUCCCUUCUAGACUCAGCUCAAACAUCAUCUCAUUAAGUUUUCUUUGACCUUUGGACGGCUGGGUUCUUUCUCUUCUCUGUUUUUCUGUUUGUGUUUUUCAUAUAUGAAUCACUUACUAAAAAGGGGCAAGUAACUUAACUUUCUAAGCCUCAACUGCCUCAUCUGGAAAAUGGGGUUCAUAUACUCCAGUCAAAGCUCCCUUAUCCACCCUCUUAUCCACAUCUUCCCCUGCAUCCUCUCCAUUCUCUCUGCAAAGCAUGCUGACUGAUAUGCACAGAACAUCGAAUACUCUUAGCCAUGCUUAUGCCCUUCAGCUCCCACCUGUGAACUGUAGAACGUUACUCGUUUUGUUAAUUUUAGUCACAUAAAUUGACAAAAUAUUAUGCAAAUUAAUGAUGUAUAUGAAUGCAAAAAGAAUUGCAUCUAUGAAAACUGGUUUGGAAUGACUCAAUAAAAGCAAGUUGCUAAACAUAA